CGGCAUAAGACAGUGUGGGAAGGCCAGCUAGUCAUCUGUUAGAAGGUUUUCGGGAUGGAUUCACUGGGCGGUCCGUUGGCUGUCGGGGUACUGGCAAGUUUAGGCUGUGGCAUCUUCCUGGGAUGGCACACGCGAGGUCGGUUCUCCAAGCCCGUCAGAAGCAGGAUGACAUCUUUGAACGGCGGAGAUGGAGGCGAAACCAGUAUCAUGGGAGAGAGUGGCGAGUUUAAAAUGGUAUUGGUCGUUCGGACUGAUCUCAAGAUGGGUAAGGGAAAAGUCGCGGCUCAAUGCUCCCACGCCGCAGUGUCAGCUUACAAGCAAGUUCAGCGCCGAAACCCAGACGUCCUCAAACAGUGGGAGUACUGCGGGCAGCCUAAGGUUGUCGUCAAGGCACCGGACGAAGAAAGUCUGUUAGAACUGCUAACCCGUGCUAGAGAAGUUGGACUGCCCGUUAGUUUAAUUCAAGAUGCUGGGAGGACCCAAAUUGCACCAGGUUCAAGAACUGUACUUGGAGUGGGACCAGGUCCUGCUGAUCUUGUCGACCAAGUCACGGGACAUCUAAAACUGUAUUGAGAGCAAGCUGUAACUGUUUGUAUGACACUCAGUUCUUGUGACAAAAGUGAUUUGAUUGUGAAAUGGAGGCACGUAGCAAAGAAGCA